AUGGAAGGUGUUGCUUUGAGAUAUUGGAACAACAGCAAAGGAGGUAUUGUGGAACACGUGGUCGAUGUCAAGUUGGCAGAAGACAGGUCUGCAAAGGGUCUUGUGGACAUCGCUACAACAACUCUAGAGGACGAGGGUGAAAUAUCAAUGGAUGGACUAGUUUCCAAUACUUUUGAUGGGGCUAGUGUCAUGUCUGGGACAAAAGGUGAGUAAGAUGCAGCAUGCAUCAUAAAGUUUAGUGUUGAUGAGUUAUCAUUGAAGUCUAUAAAUAAGCAUAUUAUUCUAUUUCAUUUUAUUACACUUAUAUUUUUUAUCAGGUGGUUUGCAACAGUUAAUCCAAGAACACUGUGGCCGUAAUAUUCCAUACAUUCACUGUCUGAACCAUCGACUUGGUUUAGUGAUAAGAGAUACUUUGUCAAACAUUUUAGAGUUAGGUGAUUUCUUUCAACUUCAGAAUCCCUCAGAUUAAUAAGCUCUAUGAAGAUGAUUCUUUAAAAAAGUUGAUAACUACAAGAUGGGAUGGGCAUUUAUCAAGUCUCAAAGUUAUUUCAAAAUACAUUGAAGAUGUAUAUGCCACACUGGAGAAAUGUGUAGUUUCAAAGUCAGUAGAUUCAGAAUAUCAUGCCAAAGCUAGGAGUUAUUUAUCAUCCUUAAAACAGCCUGUUAGCAUCUUUCUCAUACCAUUUAUGAUGGGUGUUUUAUCCCUUCUGGAUAUCCUUAAUAAGACUUUCCAGAAGUCUGAUUGUGAUUUACAAACAUCACUUAGCAUACUGAAAUCCAUUAGAGAAAACCUAGAUGAUCUGCACCAGAAGUACACCAUAGAGAGCAUCACACAUCUCAUUUAUCCUGAAUGCGCUGCUACGACAGUGAUUGAACCCGGCGUUGGCAGUAAAAGAACCAUCCCAGAUAAGUUUCAGGACUCGGUCUUGACAGAUAAGCUUCCAAUAUAUCGGGAUAUGAACAACAACUUGGAACAAUUACAUGCAUUAGCAGUUGAGGUACUUGACAAUCUUGAUGCUGAAUUUGAUAACCGUUUCAGUGAGUUCAAUACAGAACUGUGGUUGUCCUUUGCAACGUUGGAACCAUCCAAAGCCCCGUUUCUUGAUGCUAAUAAACUUAGACCUCUCCUGGACUUUAUCAAAACUAUUCCAGUAAUAAGUCAGAAAGUUGAAGAUCUCUCUUUUCAUAAACUGAAAAGUGAAUGUGAUGUGUUUCAUAGUGUAAUACAGGAUUUCAAUGCCAGACAAGAUAGUUUGGCUGAGCUUGAAUUCCAGAAGAAGAAAGUCGAGAAUGAUGCAAAAAGUAAGAAGACUGUAAAGCCAAACGUGAACAAAAUGACACGGACAACAACAUUAUGUUAACACUGCAAUGGUGCUGAAAUUUUGCAGCAAAUGUAUUUGGUUGCUGUAACUGCUGG